AUGGACGCUAAAGUUCUGCUUGACACGACGGAAAUGCUCCUUCUCCUGAUCUGGCGUCAUCUAGAGUACUACUCUCAACCACGGUACAUGAAUGCCAUGCCAGUCAAAGUAUCAGUGUCGAACGCGAUGCGACUCUUGGCUACUGCUGAACCGGAAGCUUUUCGAGCUGAGAUGGGGGCGAAACUUGCACCGGCGUUGGAACGGCUGGCUUCACUCGAUUUGGAUUACGAGUCAUUUGGGCAAGAUUGGCAAGGCAACCAGGGUUACAUUGAAAUAAUGUGUCGCAGGUUACGGGAUAGUGCUGGAUUGCACGAUGAAACAGUGCAAGGUCGGGCAGGUGGUUAG